AUGGAAAAUCGGAUCCCAUCGGCGUUGAGCUCAUCGGUGAAAUCGCCGAAAACGCCGAGUGGAAUACCGUUUUCUAUCCGCGAACGAGACGUGAUUAAGGCGAUUUUGGAGUUUUUGGAGAUUCGCGGACUUCAUAUUACACAGUUAUCCUUGGAACGCGAAGCCGGUGUGAUCAACGGUGCAUUUUCUGACGAUCUUUUAUUCCUCCGUCAAUUAAUUCUCGAUGGUCAAUGGGAUAAUGCUCUAGAUUUCGUGGAGCCUCUGAAGCCAGUUAAAGAAUUCGAUUUUGGUGCUUUUCGGUACAACAUCACAAAAUACAAAUUUUUCGAAUUGCUCUGCGUAAAACUCGAGCCAGGACCCCUUCACGAUAACGAUUUUGCUGUGGAGGAACUCGUGGAAUGUCUGAAAGAUCUCGAACACAUCUGUCCGUCUCCUGAAGAUUAUAGGCAUCUCUGUGCUCUUUUGACACUACCAAAACUUUCGGAUCAUGAAGAUUUUAAGAAUUGGAAUCCAAGUUCAGCGAGGGUCGAGUGUUUUCAUAAGGUCCACCAACUCUGCGGACACUUGUUGCCUCCGACAGGAAAAGAAAAAGAUAGAGGAGAGGAGUCAAAUAGUUCGAAUGAUCGGUUGAGCGGACUUUUGGCGAAAGGAAGAUUUUAUGAAGGAUGUGUAGACUAUUGUCAGGCGCAGGCCAUCGGUGACAAACGAGGAAUCGAAGCGGGUCCAAUGCCAUCAGAUCUCCUAAACUUCCGUCCAAAACUCGGUUCGACUGACUUAUCCCUUGUUUGUUGGUUGGAAAUGGUAGGGAAAGAGCAAUUCGCAAUGCCAUUCAAACAGAAACAGUUGGAAUUGAGGGUGGAGCAUAUCAGAAAACCAAAACUGGAAGCCCCUUGGACCGAGACCAUCAUGGCCACGCCUAUCAAACCGGGCGGUCAAUUUCCCCAUAACCUGGUGCCCAGUUCGAAACUGAAAUUCGCUGAAAAAAUGAGUCAAUCGAUGACGAUGAGCAUGCUCCCCCCGGCUGAUUUGACCACUUCAAUGUUCCCCUCGGUGCCACGUGGCAACCCGAUGUCUCAGUCGACGGCAGCCGGAUUCUGUUUGGGAACUGCUAUUGCAGAAGGAGACGCCAUGGCUCAGAGUUUGUUAAUUGAUGAGAUGAUGGAAUCGAGUCAGUUGGCAAAGACAUCGAGACCCGAUAGUUUGAGAGGAGUCGGCAUGGUCACUGGAGGUUACGGUAGUAAUCAACAGCAGAUGGUACCCAAUGCAGCCGCCCAGAUUACUAAUCAGAUGAUGAGCAUGUCAAUGGCCCCUCAAGUAAUCGCUCCAGUGGCACCAAUGGCUCAAAGUAUGAUCAACUACGACUUCACACCAGUCAGAAGGCAGCUUGAUGAGAUGACAAGAAGAUCAGUGCCCCCAUCCCGUCUGCCCACUGUCCCUGAAUUGGGGUCCCCUGGAAAUAGUCAAGAGGAGAAUCUGAUGACUCAGAGCCGCCUGUUCCAACAAUUUUCAGCGACAAAACAGAUCAGUGAGCUAUUGAUUUUUAAGAUUUUUAUUGACUGCUUGAUAAGAGGUAAAAUGAUAUGGGCGGGGGAAGACUUGAGAGAUCACACUGCUUCUGGAGACGGUUGA